AUUAUUUUCUCCCUCUUUCCGCCUCUUCUCUCCUCUCUCGCGAUUCUUUGCAACUUCUCUGCAGAUUUACCUUGUUCAAACGUUCAAACGAUUCAUCUAAAUUCAGAUUCAUCAAGGGGAAAGGUAGACCAUUGAAUUAAAUUCUUCUUCUCUCAAUGCUCAGAUUCCAUGUUUCGGGCUGAUGAAAAACAGCCGAGAUGGGAAGAGUUGUAGCACAAACCUUGCCUACACGCCCCCUGAAUAUUUGAAAAACGUACAUGGAUAUUCCUGAGUAUAACUCUGGUGAUGGAAGUGACGAUGAGUCUGAGAGUUCUUCGACUAAGGUGUUCACUAUUCUUCAAGUUGUGAAAUUUGCUACAUUAGUCAGUCAAUGGCAUGAACAACACAUAGUGAAAGAGCCCAGUCUUGACUUUUCCAUAGCACGCGAGUUAUAUGUAAGACGGCUCUAUUACGGAAGUGACAGAACUUGUAAGGAACAACUUAGAUUGACUAGGCAUUGCUUUACUGUGCUAUGUUUGAAGCUAAAAGAGAUAGGUUUGAAAACCACAAGAAAUAUCACGGUUGAAGAAGUAGUAGCCAUGUUUCUAUAUGUCAUCUCUUUUAAUUUAACAAACCGAAAAGUCGGCUUUGAUUUCAUUAGAUCCGGAGAGACUGUUAGUAGUAUUAAAUAGUAUACUAAAAGUAGGAAGUCAUUAUGUUGUCCAACGAGAAACAGUCAUGGAUGGCUUCGAGGAUGAACAAUGGGAUUGGUUUGAAAACUGUCUCGGGGCACUUGAUGGAACACAUGUUGAAGUAAGUGUUCCAUUGAAUCAUCAAGGAAGAUACAGAAAUAGAAAGGGUAGGAUAACAACCAAUGUUUUGGCUGUGUGUUCUCGUGAUUUGAGCUUUACAUACAUUUUACCUGGAUGGGAAGGAUCUGCAGCAGAUAGCAGAGUAUUACGAGAUGCACUUACUAGAAAUUAUCCAUUCAUAGUACCUAAAGAUAAGUAUUUUCUAGUAGAUGUUGGAUAUACCAAUGGACCUGGCUUUCUAGCUCCUUAUAGAGGUAUUCGAUACCAUCUCAAUGAGUGGUCCACUAGAGGCAACAAUCCACAAAAUCCAAAGGAGUUAUAUAAUCUGAGACAUGCAACUGCUAGGAAUGUGAUAGAAAGAGCUUUUGGGUUAUUCAAAAAGCGAUGGAAAAUUCUUAGAGAAAUAUCUUUUUUUUUAUGUCAAAACGCAUGUGAAGAUUAUCAAUGCUUGUGCUAUUCUUCACAAUCUUAUUCGAGUAGAAUCACCUAAUGAUCCAUUGUUGGAGGAAGUGGAUGCUGAGAUUCAAACUAGAGUUACUCAACAAGUUGAUGAUCAUAAUGAGGGGGAAGAGACUCACCAACUUUGCCGGGUGAUUAUCAUAAUGCGGAAGAGGCUUAACACUCGGAUCGAAUUACAGUUGUUCAAGUUACUAGUGAGUGGACUAGAUUUAGGGAUAAUCUAGCCGAAGCUAUGUUUCUUCAUUAUCAAAAUAGGCGUAACUUUUAGUGUCGUGCUUAUGAAACUAAAUAUGUAAUAGAAUUGGUUUUGUGGUACAAUGUUUUGUGGU